UAAGAACAAACAUAACACGGAAACGUGUUCGAAAAGAGACGACGUGUUUUCAAAAACAUUUGAUGGCCUCGGCUUAAAUCAGCAAAACUUACUUCCCUAUAAAAAGGUUGGAAAGACCUGCUUUAGACGCAGUCGACCAGCAGUUAUCAAAGAAGAACCAAAUAUGAAAUUCUUGUCCGCCGGUGGAAUCCUCUUGUUUGCCUUGGCAGUGAGUGUCGUGGCCGACGAAGACCUUGCUUCUGAAGCACAGGAGUUCAAGGACAUGGCUCUCAAAGAAAGGGUCGAGGAGGCGAACUGCACCAAAUACGUUCUCGCCGGAGGGGACUGUGAAAUUGUCAUCAGAAUGGAAAAAUUGGAGAACAUCCUGAAGGACUUCUUCCAGUCCGUGUCCACGAAGCCCAAAUUGACCGAACUCUUCGACGCUUCGGUAUCCUACUUCCUGGGAGGCAAGUGCUUCUGUUCAUCGCUCGAGGUCAAAGGAUGCCACCCAUUCCUGGUAAGCGUCAUCGACGCCGUCAAGGAACAAUGUCCCAAGGAGGAUAAGUGAUCAUGCUAAAUACCUCUUAAGAACUAGACUGAAUGGACACUCAUGCUUGCAACUAUAAUUGAACUAUAGGUUUUGCGCAUCUGAUUUUGCUGAGUAUGAUUGGUUAGUUUUGACAAAAUUGUUUUCUGAAUAAAAAAUGAAAUCUUA